GCAAAGGAUAGAUCUUGCCUCAUUGCUGCACAGUGUCCCAUUGUGUUGGACUUUGCCACGCUGCCUGUACUUUGCAGAAAAGUUCCUUUGAACACCUAUGAUCACAUCCAUCAGGCAGUAGUCAGCACAGUACACACUACAGACCCUGUGGGAGAAGAACACAUUCGAUCCUCGAUCCUGACUUUGACCUCUGAUUAUCUGAGGAUUUUCUAGCUGAACUGUGGGUGCUUCGAAUGGAAAUCUAUAGUAGUUGACACCAUGGCCCAGAUAUCCAGCAGAAAUGGGUUCAAGCAGUCUACCUCUUCGUCAGUGGGCCAUUCUGGGAAGCGAGCUGUUGGCAAAGAAGAAGCCCUACAAAUGGAGGCCGAGGCCUUGGCGAAGUUGCAGAAGGAUAGACUUCAGAGCCUAAAGGAAGAACAUGCAGUGAAAUCUGCCAGCAGUGCUUGCUCUAAGUCACCAAAUGCCAAGCAGGAGUAUGAUCUUAUUCACUUUCCAGAGGCAGAAAACUCAAACAAACAAGCUGCUAGCCUGUCUGAUCAGGACAUCAAGAAACUAACUUCGGCUGAACUAGAAACAUUGCUGUUGGACAAAAAUUUUGGCCCUAAAAAUAUAACCCGCCCGCACACUUUACCAAAUACUCCCCUUUUGAGUCCGUCAUUCUCUAGCCAAUUUUACAACCGGGCACCUUUCUCUGGGAGUCAAUGGGCAGGUGGGUUACAGAGGCCUGUAAUCCAAACGACUGGUUACCAUGCAGCAUCUGUGACAUUCCCUAAGCCACCUGAUCUAUUUCAGAAUGGCUUUUGCCCUGGACAGUCUUCAUACCGUCCUUCAGAACCUUUGUAUCUUAGCCUUCAUACAAAGGCAUACAUGCCCUUCCCACUCCAGCCUGCUACACCUGUACACCCUGCAGGUGGUGUUCCUGUUUAUUCACCUGUCACACCUGAGCUUGCAAAAUUGUAUGAUAAAAUAGCCAGCACAUCAGAAUACCUGAAAAACAGCAAAUCGAACAGUGAUUUGGAAUCUACCAGCACGAUGAUGCCUAAGCUACCAGAUGGGGAAAACUCGAAUAAUGUCAGCAAAUUUGAUUGGCUGGAUCUUGAUCCACUCAGCAAAGCAAAGAUUGACAACAUUGUGCUCUUAGAAAAUGCAGAAGAGGCUGAGGAAAAGGUAGAUAUGGGGGCUGCAGCUGGGGAUCCUUGGGAGCAAGUGUUGCAAAAGCAGACUCCGUCAGAAAGCUUCCAGCCCAUUGUCAACAUCGAAGAAGCAUCGGUUAGGCAGCCAACUGGAAAAUCAACAUCUGGACCUUCAGUUACGCGUAGUUUGUCCCUUAAUCUGCGGUCCACAAGUUCAAAAUUUUCCCGCAGAGUACAAGAACUAAACAGCAACACAUUACAGGAUGAAAAAGGGACCAGUAAUAAUCUUUCAGGAGUAAGAUUUCUUGAACAAAUCAGUUCACGAAAUGGAGAAGUGGCAGCUUUUUGGCAGGAGAUUAUUAGAUUACGGUCCACAUUUCCAUUUACUGACCACUCCACCAAUCCAGGUUAUGUCUUGAGUCCGGUAAUGCUUCACCGCGACAUGAAUGGAGAAAAUGCAAGUGUGAAAGUCUCCAUAGAAAUUGAAGAAUUUCAACAGCCAGUUACAUUCACCUGUGAUGUAAGCUCUCAUGUCGAGCUUAUUAUAAUGCAGGCUCUGUGCUGGGCGCAUGAUGACCUAAAUAAAGUUGACAUUGGUAGUUACAUAUUGAAAGUCUGUGGACAGGAGGAAGUCCUACAAAAUAAACACUGCUUAGGAAGCCACGAGUACAUUCAGAACUGCCGAAAAUGUGACACUGAGAUCAAGCUGCAGCUAUUAAGCCACAAUACAGUAUGCAGAGCUCUGGCCCGAACGGCAGAAGAUGAUGAGAUGCCUACAGAUUUUACAAAGUAUCUCUAUCAGUUGGAAAAGCCCUUCAAAGAAAUUACGACGAGGCAACGUCUUGCUGAACUCCUGGAAGUCUAUCAUAAGAGGGAAAAGGCAAUACUUCAAAAUGCAGGAAAGCAGUACAGAAUGGUGGAACAGAUUAUCCAGUCUGCAAAGGACAUUUGUAGUGCGUUGGAUGGUACAGAGACCAAGGCAAUCACUGAUGCUGUGAAGAAAUUAAAACGGGUUGUUAAUCUACCGAAAAGUAAAACAGCUGAGGUUAUAUCAAAAGAGACUGGUGAUUCAACAAAUGUUGCAAAAAAUGGAUCUUCACCUGCAGUAAGUCCUCUGAAGGCAAGCAUCCAUGACCUAACACAGGCUGUCUAUGACCUACUACAGCUCUACUUGAGUUCUUUUAGCAUCAGUCUGGGUGCCACUGAGAAUCUGCCACUGAGUACUAAGUGCACGAAGGAAGCACGGACCACAUCAGAACACUUGCAGUUCACACUGUUUGCAGCGCACAGGAUUCCAAGGACUUGGGUCAGCAGUUUUGAGAAAUACUUUUUGAUGUGUUCGUUGACCUACAAUGGGAAGGAUCUAUUUAAACCGGUGCAAUCCAAGAAGGUUGGGACAUAUCGCAAUUUCUUCUAUCAUAUCAAAUGGGAUGAGCUAAUCAGUUUUCCUGUUCAGAUUUCACAGUUGGCCCUUGAAACAAUGCUAUGUCUCAGUUUGUAUGGAGUUCCAAAUCCCUCAGCAGCUGGAUCGCCAGAUUCUAACAAACAAAGAAAGGGACCUGAGUACCUCGGUCGAGUCUCCGUGCCUCUCUUUGACUUUAAUCGUGUGUUAACAAGUGGAAGAAAGCUACUUGGUCUCUGGACAUCAGAGUCUGUGAAUCCAGGUGGUACGACUAUCAAUAAGAAGGGAAGCUCAAUGGAGAGAGUUGUGUUGCAGGUGGAUUUUCCAUCAUUUGCAUUUGACAUUCUCUACUAUCCUCCAGAGUCCAGUCGAAUGACUGAGUUCGGGUUUGAAACACUUGAUCAAGGUUUCCAGAAACAGCUUCUUGACGUGUUUGCUAAGGACUUGACAUUUGAACUGUCCAAGGCAGAUAAAGAGCUUUUGUGGGAUAAGAGGCAGUAUUGCUUUUCCCACAUUAAUAGCCUUCCCAAGAUACUUGCUAGUGCACCAAGUUGGGACUGGGAUGCUCUACCAGAAAUCUACUCUCUUCUUCAACAAUGGACACCACUCCCUCCUGUCUCUGCUCUGGAGUUACUGGAUUCCAAGUUUGCAGAUAAGGAAGUGAGAAGUACAGCAGUGAAUUGGAUUGAACAAAUGACUGAUGAUGAACUGGUUGAUUAUCUGCCUCAGUUUGUAGAGGCUGUGAAGCAUGAGUGUUACCUGGAUAAUGCAUUGGUGAAAUUCCUUUUAUCUCGAGCCCUGGGAAAUGUUUGUGUAGCACACCACUUAUACUGGCUGCUGAAUAAUGCACUUCAUGAUCCUUAUUUUGGGGUGCGUUAUGAACUUCUAUUGAGUGCCCUACUCUGUAUAUGUGGGAAGGGCUUAAGAGAAGAAUUCGAAAUGCAAACAAGGCUUGUACGGAAACUGGGAGUGGUAGCAGAGAAGGUUCGCCAAGCCAGUGGAUCAGCAAGACAGGCUGUCCUUCAGGAAGGCAUGGACCGUGUACAGACAUUCUUCAAAAACAAGUGUCGAUUGCCUCUCAAUCCAAGCCUAGUAGCAAAAGAAUUAAAUGUUAAGGCUUGUUCCUUCUUCAACUCCAAUGCUGUUCCAUUGAAGUUAACACUGGUGAAUGCUGACCCGCUGGGGGAUGAAAUCAAUGUUAUGUUUAAGAUUGGUGAAGAUUUGCGACAAGACAUGCUGGCACUGCAGAUGAUCAAAAUAAUGGACAAAAUUUGGCUUCAGGAGGGAUUGGACUUGCGCAUGGUCAUCUUUAAAUGUAUUUCCACAGGGAAGGAUAGAGGGAUGGUUGAACUUGUACCAGCUUCAGAAACUCUCAGAAAGAUCCAAGUUGAGUAUGGAGUAACGGGCUCCUUUAAGGAUAAGCCUCUAGCUGAGUGGCUCAGGAAAUACAACUCCACAGAGGAAGAAUAUGAGAAGGCAUCGGAAAACUUCAUCUAUUCAUGUGCAGGAUGCUGUGUUGCUACCUAUGUGCUGGGGAUAUGUGAUCGCCACAAUGACAACAUCAUGCUCAGGUCAACUGGCCACAUGUUCCAUAUUGAUUUUGGCAAAUUUCUUGGACAUGCACAAAUGUUUGGAAGUUUUAAAAGAGAUCGAGCUCCUUUUGUGCUGACCUCGGACAUGGCUUAUGUAAUUAAUGGUGGGGAGAAGCCAACCAGCCGAUUCCAGUUGUUUGUGGAUUUGUGCUGUCAGUCGUAUAACCUCAUCCGCAAGCACGCCAACCACUUCCUGAAUCUCCUGUCACUGAUGUUGUCUGCAGGAUUACCUGAGGUCACCAACAUACAGGACUUGAAAUACGUCCAAGAUGCUCUGCAGCCCCAGACCACGGAUGCUGAAGCCACCAUCUUUUUCACCAGGUUGAUAGAAUCCAGCCUAGGCAGUAUGGCCACCAAGUUUAACUUCCUCAUUCACAACCUGGCACAGCUGCGGUUCUCAGGGUUACCAUCCAAUGAGCAAGCCAUCCUUUCGUUCUCGCCGAAAACCUAUUCCCUCAAACAAGAUGGGCGAAUCAAAGAAGUGACCAUUUACACCUACCAGAAGAGGUACAACCCUGACAAGUACUAUAUAUAUGUGGUGAGGAUAUUGCGGGAAGGACAGAUUGCACCAAUGUUCGUCUUCAGAACAUUCGAUGAAUUCCAAGAGCUUCACAACAAACUAGGCAUCCUCUUUCCCCUGUGGAAGCUUCCAGGCUUUCCCAACAAAGUGGUCCUUGGCCGAACUCACAUUAAGGAUGUGGCCUCCAAGCGGAAGGUGGAGCUGAACAAUUAUGUACAAUGUCUGAUGAAUAGCUCGACUGAAGUAAAUGAGUGUGAUCUCGUUUACACCUUUUUCCAUCCACUAGGCCGAGAUGAAAAAGCUGAAGGAGUAGAUGGAGUAGUCAAGCCUGCAGAGAUAGUUUCACCAUCUGCCAAUUCAGGUCAAGUAGGUGGAGAGGUUAAACUGUCCAUUUCAUACAGGAACAGUACACUAUUCAUCAUGGUAAUGCACAUACGAGACCUGGUAACUGAGGAUGGAGCAGAUCCAAAUCCUUAUGUAAAAACAUAUUUACUUCCUGAUCCACAUAAAAUAACCAAGCACAAGACAAAGGUAUCAAGGAAGACACGAAACCCAACCUACAAUGAAAUGUUGGUGUACAGUGGAUACAGUAAAGAAUCACUCAAACAGAGGGAGUUGCAGCUGAGUGUGUUGAGUGCUGAGUCAUUACGAGAAAACGUUUACCUUGGUGGCAUUACAUUAACUCUGAAGGAAUUUGACUUAAGCAAGGAAACCAUUAACUGGUACAAAUUGACUGCUGCAUCCAGUGGGUAACUCCCUACCACAUCUUGCACAAAGUAUGUGAAAAGUGGAACAAUUUGCAAAGAGAAACUCAACCAGACUCCUGCAAUUUACUUGAAAGAAGACUUUAACUGUGGACAAACAGCAAUUCCAGCUGAUGCACAUUGCCAAUGGACCAAUCAGUUUGAUGAAUUCACAAAGAGUUGCAUGCACUUAAUGUCACCUUCAUUCUAUAUCUUCUCUUAAUUUCUCUGAUUAAAGAAUGGUGGGAAAUCAAGUGUGCCAAAAGAAACUGUUGAAGAACUUCACUAUUUGCAGCGCAAAACCAUGCCUUUCUUUAUUAUGCCUCCAAACUGUCAAUUAAAUUCAAGGUGCUAAAUUCACUGGCUAACUCAGACAUAUUAUAUUUCCCAGGGAGCGGCACAAGAAAGAUCAGGCACAAGGCGAUUAAUUGCCCCAACUUCAAUGGGCUGCUUUUAAAGGAACUAAAUAAAAAGAUACAAGUUUUACUGCCUCAAGGAUUGUCUGUAAAAAUACAGAUGGAAUAUAUGCUCUAUGCAGGAGAUCUUUAAUCUGUGGUAUGUGACCUCUUUUCUAUGAUUAAUGCCAUUGGAGAAGAUCCAGGACUAAUCACCCCACAGGCAGACAUAAUAAAUAAAGAAAAUGAGUGCAUCGAAAGGCUUGCUCAAGCAUUAAGUCUCUCAGAUGUGGUCAUUAAAUAACAAUUGUGUAAAAGGUGAAGCUGCAGUGAAGCUGAACAGUGAAUGCCAAAGUAUAAGGAGGAAAUUAUGAAUUUACUUGUAGAUCCAUUACUAUUCUACUUGGGUCCAAAAUCUGAGUUAAGAGAAUUUGUGAGUUUGCAGUCACAUAAAUAAGUAUUGCUAAUAGCAAAAUUCAAGAGAUUUCAACUACUAGAUGAUAUGUUGAUUUCUUGGAUGUAUCUUCUCUAUUGCUUUACUGUUACAGUACUAAACUUGCAUGCAUAAAAAUAAGUUGUAAAAUUGAAAAGGCACAUCAAAUAUGCAAGUGGGUUUCACCUGUGGUUAUAUAUUUUUUGUUGCUGUAAUUCUUGCACAAAAAAGCAGCAUGAGUAGCAAUUUUAUAAGGUGUAGCUUACUUUCUAACACACCUCAGUUGCCAGAGAAAAAAGGAUUCCUAAAGGAUGACAAGCCACUUAAGGAAGUGCAAUGGAAAUGAUAACGGAAAAUACUUUUCUGAGAAGUGCGUAUAUGUUUCCAAGAUUUGGUGAAAAGUACAAAAAAAUUUGGAGAAGGUGUGCUAACACCUUCGACUACACCUUUUCUUUAAGCGUUUGCCCUUUGGCUAUGACAUGCACAUGAUACUCAGUUUAUGUACCACUGGUUUGUCUUCCAAGGCAAUAUUUUUGCUAUUACCUUGUGUGCAAGAUUUGGCAUUUAACUAUGGAAAUGUGGAAUUGUUCAAGGCAAUAAAAUGGAAAGUUGUUGUAUUUCCUUAAUUCACCUCAUCUUCUCUCACAGCAGUCAAAACUGACAACUUGACAUUUGCCCCAGCCAGUAAAUAAUUCUGCAGAAGCCCACAGUUGCUGCAGACUUCCAGUUGCCUCGGCAACCAUGGGUACCUCUGAAUGAUGGAUUUGCACAAACUGACCAAGUAGUAUUUUGUCUCUAGAAUGUCUUGCCGACGGUGUUUUUUGACUGAAUCAAGAGCAGAAUAAUUUAGUUAAAUGCUUCAGCUGUUCUAAUCUUAAGAGGCUUACAGCUCUUUUGAUGAUUUCCCCCCCCCCAUCCAACUAUUGAUUAGAUUGCACCAGAUAAAUGUCAUGUGUCUUUUGCCUAUUUAUUUAAUAGGUUGCCCCUAAUGAACCAAAUUCAGAGCUGAAAUGUAGCAAAUUUCAGUUUCAAAUAUGUUAACAUCACCUUGGGUUUUCAAGUUUUUUUUUAAUUAUUGCAUAUAUUU